AUGGAAUCGAUUCUCACCGUCUGUCACGCCAACGACAAGACUAUCACGAUGUUGCCUGCGUCGAUAUUAGAGUCUGGAAAUUCACAUGGAAGGUACAACACUGUAUCUGCCACUGCCGAAGAGAUAGCCAGACUACGUAAAGUCUUGCCGCCCGACACACCCCUAGGUGCACCACCUCGCAACAUAUACACUUUCUCUUACUUUGCCGCCUUAGUGCGCCAAAAUCAGGACAUGAAGAGUGAAGACCCACACACAGUAAAGCUACCUCUCUGGCUUGCAGUCGAGAUACUUUCCUACCAGAACUCUUACCAGAUCACUGGAGUCGUCAGCGAAACCGCCAUCUACGAAAUCGAAGAUGCUCUAUCUCCAUUCGUACAGCCCGACAUCUUCAACACUAAGCGCUACUUCAUCCGACUAAACGAUUACUUACCAAAAGACUCUGAAAAAGCAAAAAUGCCCAUCUCCUCUCUUCGCCAAUUGGUGCUUUGUCUACUAACUUCAAAUCGCGCAAGAGGAGAUUUUGAAGCUCAUGUUAUGGAAAAUAGGCAAGUGCAUAUCUAUUUGCAUGUAUGGGAUGAUGAAAUGGCACGAGGAGUGGAGUUUCGUUGUUUUGUGCCGCCUGUUGCGCGCUUUAAUGACAGCAGACCAAGGAUGGUGGCUGCGAGUCAGUAUUACUGGCAUAGGUCGUUCCCAGUCGCUGCUUUUGAGCCUAGAGACACUGUUGACGUUGCUCUUACUUCUGCUGAGGAGAUCCUAGGCCAGAUCUUGAGCACGGCGACUGCUCGAGGUACUCUCCAAGAACUCAAGGCUUGGAGUUUCACGUUUGAUAUUGUGAUCAAGAGGGGUGGGCGUGUGCAGCUGGUAGAGGUGAAUCCAUUUGGAGUGGACAGCAGAUGCGGCAGUUGUCUUUUUCAUUGGAUAGAUGAUGCGAAACUGCUUUACGGAGGUAAAAAUGGAAUUGAAGUCAGACUGUUGAUCUGA